UCAGUUCUCCGCUCUUUCUCAACGAGAGCGAGGGGGGGCCUGAGAAGGUGAGACCGUAAAACCCUAAGGUUUAUCGAAUGCGGGUUUUGCGAAUUAUCACAGAGUCCGGAAGUGCGGGAUUGAACGAGUGAUUGCUUGCUGCACAAAUUUCGGCAUCCGACCUCGUUGCAGAUUUGAACGAGUAUCGUCAUGGCUCGCACUCGAAGAAGAAAGAAGAGAACCCAUGUCCCGGCUGCCCCUGAAGGUGCCGUUGGUAUCGAGAAGGUGCCCAAGAGUUUCGUUUUAUCUCGAGGAAAGCUGCCCCAAAUUUUACGGAAUCUGCAACAUGACCUUCGGCAAGUCAUGAUGCCACACACCGCCUCCAAGCUUAGGGAAAGCACUCGAAACAAGCUGAAAGAUUUUGUACACGUAGCAGGGCCUCUAGGGGUCAGCCAUUUUUUGAUAAUGUCAAAUACGAAAGCUGCACCGUAUUUGAGAAUAGGCAAGAGCCCUCACGGUCCUACACUCACGUUCAAGAUCCACUCGUAUUCUUUGGCUGCUGAUAUUCAACGGGCGCAGAUCAGGCCGCGUGCACCUCUCGCAAUAUUCAAAAGCCCCCCUCUUGUGGUUUUGAACGGUUUCGGAACUACAGAGGAACACUUGAAACUUAUUCAAAUCAUGUUCCAAAACAUGUUUCCAGUGAUCAAUGUGCACAAUGUCAAAUUGGCCACCUGCCAAAGGGUGCUGCUUCUUAAUUAUGAUAAGAAAACCAAGUGCAUAGACUUCCGACACUACUCAAUAUCUGCUCAGCCUGUUGGCGUUACUCGAAGCAUUCGAAAGCUCGUUCAGAGAAAGAAACUGCCAGACCUUGGCGGUCUUGGCGAUGUAAGUGAGUUUGUUACUAGGUCUGGUUAUGGGUCUGAAAGUGAAGUCGAAGAUGAGGCCUCGAAAGUUCAGCUGGCAGAUGAGUUCGGCAAGGGAAAUCAUGCUUCACAGCAAAGUGCUGUCAAGCUUCAUGAAGUGGGUCCACGGUUGAAGAUGCAGCUUGUUAAAGUGGAAGAAGGCCUCUGUUCUGGGGGUGUUAUGUUCCAUGAGUAUGUUAAGAAAACUCCCGAAGAAGUAGCAGUUCUUAGGGCCAAGGUAGAGCAACGAGAAGCUCUACGCAAGCAACGGAAAGCCGAGCAGGAGGCGAAUGUCAAGAAGAAAGAAGCUCUUAAAGCCAGUCGCAAAAAGAAGAGACCAGAACACGAAAGGGAGAAGGAAGAUAAGGAGAGAGAAUCGGAUAGUGAGGAGGAUGAUCAGCCAGAACUUAGAAAAGAAGAGGAUAAGGAGGACGACGAUGCUGAGUGGUACCGCAAGGAGGUUGGCCACGAACCCGACGAAGCUUUCUUGAGUGGAGCACGAAGGUGGAAUGCCAACAGACCACAAAGAGGUAGAGGAGGAAAAUUUUUCGGUGGAAAGAGAGGAAGUGCGGAAGGCAUGGAAAUGAGCAAGCAUCAAGAGUCAACCAAAUCUGCAGCAAAUGGUGAUGACAGGAAAGAUAGAUACAAGAAGAGAGCGAAGUUCGAGAACAACGGUGAUGAUAAUAGGAAAGAAAGGUUUGGGAAGAGAGGUGGCGAUGACAGCCGAGGCAGGUUCGGAAAGAAAAGAGGCAGCAGUGGAGGAGACAAGGCCCCCAAGCGUCAAAGAUAUAAGAGAGAUUAGUGAUCAAUGACCUAUCGCUCUUUUACACCAGUUUUGUAACAAUUAAUUUUUCUAUUAAAAUUUUUUCAAAUAUACUCGUAUUUCAUA